CUUGCAACGGCGCCGGAUGCAGUUCGACCGCCGGGCGGAACAUCUCAAAGCGUCGGGGCUGAAGUUGCCCCCUAGCUACGACGAGGUCGACUUCUCGGAUGACGAGCGGCUCGAGUUCCUCCAGGAGAGGCCAGCCUUUCAGCAUCUGAAACCGUGCAACAAGUAUGAGGAUAUCACACUGCCUUACUCUCUGGGGCUGAUCCCAGCCCCGAUUGCGCAGUGGCUGCGCCAGUAUCAGGUGGACGGAGCCGCCUUCCUGCAUGAAAUGUUUGUCUACCAGAAGGGUGGAAUCUUGGGCGACGACAUGGGUCUCGGGAAGACCGUGCAGGUGAUUGCUUUUCUGACGGCAGCGUACGGUAAAACGGGGGAUGAGAGGGAUGCGAAGCGCAUGAGAAAGAUGCGCCGCAGUGGACAAGACCGCUGGUAUCCGCGGACACUUAUCGUUUGCCCAGGAACCUUGAUCAAGAACUGGAUGUCCGAGCUUGCUCGCUGGGGGUGGUGGUCGGUUGAUACCUACCAUGGUGACAGCAAGGAGCUUGCGCUCCAAGCAGCAAGGUCCGGCAGAAUUGAGAUCUUGAUCACCACAUACAGCACAUAUCUGCACAACAAGGACGCCGUCAACAUGGUGGAUUGGGACUGCGUGAUUGCAGACGAGUGCCACGUCAUCAAGGAGCGCAAGUCGGAGACCACCAAAGCGAUGAACAUGAUCAACGCACUCUGUCGAAUUGGCCUCACGGGAACAGCGAUCCAAAACAAAUACGAGGAGCUCUGGACGCUCCUGAACUGGUGCAACCCGGGAAAGCUCGGCCCAGUGACCGUCUGGAAGAAGACCAUCUCCGAGCCUCUCAAGAUCGGACAGUCGCACGACGCCACUGUAUACGAGCUGCGCAAAGCCCGUAUGACGGCCAGGAAGCUCGUUGAGAAUCUUCUGCCCCAGUUCUUCCUCCGCCGCAUGAAGACCUUGAUCGCCGACCAACUGCCCAAGAAGGUCGACCGGGUGGUCUUCUGCCCGCUGACUGAAACCCAGGCCGAGGCCUACGAGAACAUCCUGGAAAGCGACAUCGUCACAUACAUCAAGACAUCCACCGACCCUUGCGACUGCGGCUCCGGCAGAAAAUCCGGCUGGUGCUGCCACCAACUCCUCCCCUCGGGGGCCGGCAAAUGGCAGAGCUACGUCUUCCCGGCCAUCGCCGUGCUCCAGAAGCUCAGCAACCACCUCGCAAUCUUGAUUCCCCAGGGCGGCGACCCCACGGAGAAGCAGGAAAAGGACAAGGAGAUGCUGGAGCUGGCCCUGCCGGACCAGUGGGAGAAGCUGUACCGCUCGCGCGACUCGAUCGUCAACUUCGCGAACCCCGAAUUCUGCGGCAAGUGGAAGGUGCUGCGGCAGCUGCUGAAGUGGUGGCACGCCAACGGCGACAAGGUGCUAGUGUUCAGCCACAGCGUGCGGCUGCUCAAGAUGCUGCAGAUGCUGUUCCACUACACCAGCUACAAUGUCAGCUACCUGGACGGGUCGAUGAGCUACGAGGACCGUGCGAAGGUGGUGGACGACUUCAACGCGGACGCGCGGCAGUUCGUGUUCCUGAUCUCGACGCGGUCGGGUGGCGUGGGCCUCAACAUCACCUCGGCCAACAAGGUGGUGAUCGUCGACCCGAACUGGAACCCGUCGCACGACCUGCAGGCGCAGGACCGCGCCUACCGCAUCGGCCAGUCGCGCGACGUCGAGGUCUUCCGGCUGAUCUCGGCCGGCACGAUCGAGGAGAUCGUCUACGCGCGCCAGAUCUACAAGCAGCAGCAGGCCAACAUCGGCUACAACGCCAGCUCGGAGCGGCGGUACUUCAAGGGCGUGCAGGAAAAGAAGGACAAGAAGGGCGAGAUCUUCGGCAUGGACAACCUCUUCGCCUACCGCAACGACAAUAUCGUCCUGCGCGACAUCGUCAACAAGACCAACGUCGCCGAAAGCAAAGCCGGCGUCCAAGUCAUGGACAUCGACCUGUCCGAACCACCCACCCUUACCACGACCAACGACGACAAACUUUCUCAGUUCCACCAAGACACCACCACCGACGCCGUCAUGAACAAACUCGCCGCCAUGAUCCGCGGCGAAAGCAGCACCGUCGACCCCUCAGCAUCAUCAUCAUCAUCAUCAUCAUCAUCAUCAGCAGCAGCAGUAAACCCUGAAACCACCCCAACCACCCUACCGCCAAAAACCCCCCCACCGCGCCACGACCCCAUCCAAGCGAUCCUCGCCAACGCCGGCGUAGAAUACACCCACCUCAACAACGAAGUCAUCGGUUCCUCGAAGAUCGAAGAACGCCUCAGCCGCCGCGCCGAACUCACCGCCGACGACAACCACCGCCACCUCGACAGACAGGUCUUCGCCGCCGCCCAGCGCAGCGAAAACUCGCAGUCCCAGUCGCAGUCGCAAUCCCAAUCACGCCCGUCAGGUAGUAGUGAAGGCGCGAAGCAGCCCAUCCGGUACAAGUUCCACCCGCCGCCGGAGGUCAUGAAGCGGCAGUUCUGUAGCAUGGCUAGGCGGUUCGGGUUCGCGAACGCGACUGAGUUUGCGCUCGUGGUUGAGGGGAUGACGCAGGCGGAGCGGCGGGCGUGUUUGGAACGGUGGUAUGCCGAACGGAGGGAGGAGGUUUUCAAGGCUGAGGAUUGAGACGCUUUAUUAUCUUUGGUAGGUCUUACCUGUAAUCUGCUAGGUAGGGAACAAACAUCUUUUAGGCUUUUGGUGGUCGUUGGACUUUUCUGAUCAUCU